AUGCGCUGCUUAUUCAUAUGUAUUUAUUUACUGAUAACAUAUGCCUACGCCAACUUUACAAAUAACGUAAUUGUUGACUACUUCUACUAUAAAAAAGUAUCUAGUGUAAUAGGAUACUCUUGUAAUGGUAUAAUAGAUGAUGCUCAGCUAGUUAAAGAUUUUAAUAUCAAAGGUAUUACAUCAGCAUUGAGUAAAAUAACUAAUGGAUCGACAAUACAUUUUUUUGGUUUUGCCGAUUUCUACAAACUUGGAAUUAUUUUAGACACACGCUGUUAUAACUGGGAUGAAAUCCAUUCCAUUCUUCUAGAAGCUACAGAUUAUAGAAUGUAUGAUGAACUUCGAUAUUGGUUGAUAAUAGGAUAUGAUCUUACUUACAUUGCAGAUAAUAUUAAUGAUGAAGCAUUUGGAAUUUCAACAAAUUUUGUGAUAGCGAUUUCAUCCGAGAAUGGAGAAUAUUACCAACUAUACGAUGUAUACAACGCAGCUAAAGAUAAAGGUGGAACCUUAAAUAUUACACUUACAGGGGACUGGAAAAUAGAUACCAAAUUAAAUAUAAUUUUAACGCAAUCAAAAUUAUUCAGGAGAUUGAAUUUGCAUGGUAUAGUAUUACAAGCUUCAUUUUUUAAAACAGUAUACAGACCUGAAGGAAUGAAUGUGGAAGAUUAUUUCCAAUCUUACUCGACGGCUAAAAAAGAAAGCACAGCUAAAUUUGGAUACAAUAUGUUAGUAGACCUUUCCCAGCUGUUGAACUUCAGGUUGGAGUGUAUAUCAAUACCUAAAUGGGAAUCCAGUGAUCGUAUGGGGCCAUUAGUUAGAUCAUUAGUUAACAAUGACGCUGAUAUAAAUGGUAUAGUUAUGAUCAUGAGCGUUGCAAGAACUCGAUGGAUUAAAUUUGUGUCUGAAAUAUUUCCUACUAGGACUUGCUUCUUGUUCCGCAAUCCACAAGUUGAAAAAAUAAAAUUCAAAGAAAUUUUUCGCCCAUUCAAUAGUAACGUUUGGUAUUUAAUUAUGAUGGUCGUGGGAUCCGGUACUGCAAUCCUGACGUUAGCAUCUCAAUUCGAUUGGAUAGAAUCUAGAUCGAUGAGGAUAUCGCAAUCUUCAAUAUUAAUGGUUGGAGCUAUUUGUCAACAAGGUACCAAUGCUCAAAUGACGUAUAUAUCUAUCAGGAUCGCUUUUCUUUCUAUAACGAUGUUUGGUUUACUUAUUUACAAUUAUUAUUCGACUAGUGUAGUUUCAGCUCGAUUCAGCGAACCAAUUAUUAAAAUAAAUGAUUCUCUCAAUGAACUAUCUAAGCUGCCACUGCAAUUUAGUGCAGAAUUUAUACCCUGGUUUCUCUUUUAUAUUACCCGAGAUGACUGGGAGACAAAAUUGUUCUAUAAAAAGCGUUGGUCGGUUUUGCCAGAAGAUAAACGUUAUGUACCUCCAGAAGAAGGUUUAAAGCUUAUGAAACACGGUGGGUUUGCAUAUCAUACGAGUCCUGAUGUUGCAUAUCCUUUUGUUGAUAAAUACUUUGAUAAUCAUGAGCUUUGCGAAUUAAUGGAAGUUCACCUCAUAAGACCAACAUAUGCCAGUUUUGGUGUUAAAAUGAAUAGCACCAUUGUCGAACUGAUGAGAUAUGGAUUUGUAAGGCUCUCCGAAGUAGGCAUUCGCUUUCGACAUAUAAAAAAAUGGAAAUACAGAACUCUAAAGUGUAGAAAAGAUAUUUUGACUGUCUCCAGCGUUGACAUCUACGAAUUCGCACCGCACCUAAUACUUUUAUUAAUUGGCUUACUUAUUUCUAUAUUCUUAGUAAUUGCAGAAGUGCUCUCAAUUGAUAAGAAAGUAUUUUGUCAACGUAAAAUUAUAACUAAAACGUUUUUCAACCGUGGAUAUUUGUGA